UCCGGGCAGCGCACCCAGCCCCGGGGGGCGGCGCGGCGCGGUGCUGCCCUGCGGGCCGGCGGGAGCAGCCGCGGCGGGCGGCGGCAGCGGCUGUCAGGGAGCGGGCGGCGUGUGUGUGGGGCGAGCAGCCAUGCGGCGGUGGAGGCUCCUUGUCGCGGCGGUGCUCCUCGCCGUGCUGGUCCCCGCCAGAGGCAAUUUUGACGACUUCAACUUACAAGAUGCAUUUGAAACUACAAAGAAUCCUCUUCCAUCUCAGAAGCCAUCAUCAGAUUCAGGUGAUUUCAGCUUGGAAGAUGCUCUUCAUCCUGAUGACCCCAAGCCAGGUCCGCCUGCAACUCCUAGAGACACUGAUAACCCCAAGCAAGGUCCACCUGCACAUCCUAAAGACACUGGCAAACUUGAUGAUGCAGAUCUAUACGACGGUGGUGUACCAAACAGAGGAGGUCAUGGUAGUGGCAGCAAUGAACGGAAGGACCCGAGUCCAAAUAAUGGCCAAACAGCUGAGGCUUCUCAGGGAGCCAUAGCUGGAAUUGUUAGUGCUGUGUUUGCUACUGUAAUUGGAGCAGUAUCUAGUUUCAUUGCUUACCAGAAGAAGAAACUCUGUUUCAAACAAAGUGAUGAAGAGAAUGUGAAUAUGGAAAGCCAUCGGGGAGCGCAAUCUGAGCCACCUGUUCAGCGCACACUUCUGGAGAACUAAACUCAAGAAAACAUGAUGAAGAACAGAUCAUUGAAACUGGAUAGAGAGCCUGCAUUCUGCCUGAAAAAAAAAAGGAAACAAAAAAAGCAUAAUGUAAACAGCAGUGUCUGAAGCUGCAUGAGAAAACAGUUCUUGUUUGAAACACAUCUGGGAGUGUGACUUAGACCUGAGUACUUCUCUAUGGUUAGCCCUGUGAAGCAUUGUUGCACACCAAUAUAUGGCCUUAAUGACAGGGGUGUAGAAGUAUGUUGUGCCUUUACAUUCUUUCCUUUACUCCUGUGACAAAUGGGUGUGUCUCAAGUGCAUUCAGUAUGUUUAACUUUUCCUUACCUCUCCAAAAACAAUAAGCAAUUAAUGUUUUGUUAUGCCAUUGUUUCAGGCGGUGCAAACAUUUUUUUAAUAUCCUGAACGCAGUGAGUGUACCAACCAAACAACUGGGUAUAUGUUGUGGGCACCUGAAAGCAAAUGGCUCACUGUGUGGGGGUAAUGGAUCUGGGUGGGGGUGCUGCUGAUACAGUCUGUGUAGCUGCCUGCGUCAGCCACCAGGGAAGGGAUACUUGUUCUUGAGCAUCCAGGAGACAAAAAUUCAGUUUUGUUUUUGCAUUUUUUUUGUUGCAUCUGUCUGGUACAGAUUCAGAACACCCAAACUAGUGCACACAGACCCUUCAUCCUUUCUGGUUCUUCCUGCUUAGCAAGUAUUGAGCUGGUCAAAUGUGGAAAAGCCUGAUUUGCAAAUCAGAACCAUAAUCGAUUUUGUACAUCUGGUAAGAUUGAUGUUUGGCAAUUGUCUAAACAGUUGUGGAUGAAGUAUUGGGGAGUGGGGAUUAACAUCUUCAGGCUUCCAUAACCAAAAACUUAACAGAAAAUAAUGUUGAAUUCAGAAGGCUUAAAAGACAGAAACAGUUUGAAAGUACAUAAGAGCAAGACUGACCAGAACAACCCAGCCUCAUUCCACAAGCAUCCUUUGAACGAUAUAAAUAGCAUAUGUGUGAAGAAUGCUUUUGGACUUGUGAAGGAUUGCCAUCGGGAUGAGGACUUGUGAUUGCAUCCUCAACUGAAAGCACUUGUGAGUUUUGCUGUGGCUCUUGAAAGCCGCAGGAAGGUUUCAAGGAUUUGUGGAAACAUGGAAAACUGCAACUCAUAACAGUUAAAGGACUAAGUCUGGAAUAAUAACUAGUUCUGUCUGGAAGGAAUAGUCUGACCAGUUCUGUUGGCUUUCAUUCUAAUUGUUUCCAAUUUUCAUGCAAUUUUACGAUAUGUGUCUUACUAAUGUGCUUCAGCCACCUGGCAGAGUUCUAUAGAAAGAUGUCAUUUCAUGGAACAUCUUAGAAGUCAUUAUGAAUUUGGAUAUUAAACAUGUAAAUAUAUCUGUGCAUUCAAAUAUGAAUGUAUGCCAAGGAUAAUUCAUUUAAGAAUUUCUUGUACAUGUUCCUUAGCUUGCAACAAAGCUCUACACAGAUUUUAGUAUUUUGUUAUGGAAUUAAUUUGUAAACCUCUUUUUGCCCCACUUCUGCUUUUAGUAUAAAAGUGCUAAAACCUUUAAGUGUGUUUGAGGGUGCAAAAGUGAUUUUUAUAUAAACAUUCGAUCUAUGUAAAUACAGAGAAAUGGAAUGUACUGCUUACCUGCAUGAAUAAACAGGUAUCUCAUAUCAAUGCCAAGUGUAGAGAAAAUGGAAAUAAGCGAGUGUUUCUUAGGGACAGAAUGGCAGGGGAAGCUCAAACUAGCUUUUAGCUAACCAGACUCUUGAAUCCUUCUUCAGCUUUUGCAAGCGUAAAAAUUACUUACUAAAACCUCCUAUCAACAUUGUGAUUUUUCUAAAAAGAAAUAAAAAGAAAAAAGAAAAUGUUUUUGUAUAUUCCUUUGUAGUAGCUCUAGAAAUAGAAAAAUUUUGGUGCUCUACCAGAGAGUUUUUCUGUCUGCUCCAUCAACAAUUCAAGUUUAUUUCUUACAGACGUUUUAAUCAUUUUAGAAGGAAGUUGGCCAGUAGCAACAAAGCUGUGAACUGCUUUCACAGGGUGCUUACCAGUGUGAAGUGCAGAGAAGACCUCUAUCCGUGUGAAGGACAGCACCUAGAUUUGGUAACACAGAACCUACUGAAAAUAAGCACAGCAAUAGAAGGCUUAGUAUGGGCAAACUUAACGGUGUUUGCCUUGAGUGUUCCUCAGCCGACUAUCAUCGCAGCCCUUAGGAGCUGACACUUUUGCAGGGCCGUGUGUCGUUGUCUCACCUUGUGAUACGAGAGGACCAUAACUAAAUGAGAUGGCAAUGCGGGGGCUGCCAAGUGACUGAAGAGUAGCAAAUUUACUCAUUUUUUUUCAGUCUAAACAGGCAUAGGUUGGUGCAUGAAAUUUGGGCACAGCUAUACGCCACAAAACAGGCAAACCUGAAGAUGAUGUUUGGAAGGAAUUGCUGUUGUAAUGCUGAUUUCAUCUCCUCUGGCUUUGUCCAUUUAUGGCUUCACAGGCUGGAGUUGGGAGAGAAGGAAGAAAGACUGGCUGCUGCCACCUAGGAAGAAAAGGUUAAAGAGAAGCCUUGAAAUUUCAGGCUGUUCUCUUGUGGUGAGCAAGAAACUGCCAAUUUAUGGGUUUCUGUUACUUAUCUGUGGAUAAAACGUAGCAGUUCUCUUAUUUUUUUCAGUUAUCAGGGUAUUAAUUGCUAUGUUGCUCUUUGCCUCGCUACCCAUUGAGACUUUGAUCUUUUGCCUUCCUAACUCAACUGCUCUUGCAUUGCGUAACUAAAUAUCUGAAUUCAUUAUUUCUCACCUUCAUUGGGUCAAGAAACAUUAUCAGUUAACAAUUAUUCUUCACCCUACUGAAGUAUUUUAUGGUUUUCUCCCACAGAUCAGCUGCUGCCCAUCGUGGCCUUACGGGCUGUCAGUGACUUUCAGAUCCCAAUUUGGGAAUUAACAUUCUAGUUUCCAUAAGAGUUUUGAUCAGACGAUUGCAGUUGGAUGAAAAACUACUGUCCUUUGCGCAAGUUGCAGGUUCACUCCUGGUGAAGUACCUUCACCAUUAAGCUGAGUUUAAAUGGAUGGCAACAAAGAGCUCUGUCCCAGUCCUGUGGCACACCCUCUUCAGUUCUGGGUUUUUUCCAGUCUACUUCCUUUGAGGAGGGCGAGUUACCUUCAGUAAUAGCAGGAAAAAAGCAAAGCAGGAUCUUCUUGUAGAAUAUCAUGUCGCUUUAGCUUCUACAAGGGAGCUGAGAUGGCAGUUUAGUUCAUCCUAUCAGUGAAAGGACUGCUUGAAAAAUGUUUUGACUGUUUUCAAAUGUGAUGUCUAUUUCAAAUACUUAUCCAAACUUACCCAAAUGAAUUCAUUGGGCUGUGGAAAUGAAAGCAGGCGAUUCUUAAGCAUAAAAUUUGGCAGCUUUUUACUGCAGCUCCUAUUCAUGCUCAUUUCAAUAUCUGUGCCAAAUUUUGAAUACAAAGGAAAACUUUUUGGUGCACUCAGUUUUCAGUGUACCUUGGGCUGAAUUACACUCCCAAUUGUGCAUUUUGGUGUUUUUCUCGCUAAUUGUUUUAGGCCACUAUCUAAACUGUACUGUUCUCUGUGUGUUUUUCACUUGACAAGUUUAUGAAACAAACCUUAACCUUUUAAUAAACUGAAAAGGUUAUUUUCUUUUUGCUCUUUUCACGCAAAUAUAAGAGACACAUUUGAAAGAAAGGGACGAGAUGAUUAGGAAUAGGAAAAGGACUUAAAUGGAGCAAAAAAUACAGUUUUUUCAAACCCCUGCAUUUGGAGUACUUCAAGAACCACAAGAAUAAAGUACUAAAAUGCAUGUUCCUCCAUCUGCUUGUGAAACGCCAUUGAAGUUUUAGCUAGCGUGUAGUAAUUGUAUUCUUCCAUUGCCGAGAAAUUGUAUCACUGAUUCACUUGUGUAUUUGGCUUAUAUUUAAAUUAAUGUCUAGUAUUACCAGAUGUUUCAAUAUUUUAAUUAAAAUACUUCCGUUUUUAUGACAAAAGAUUAAUACUGUAGAAUAUUAGUGGCUUUCCCUAGUAGUUCUAGUGUGUAAUUUGGUUCUUUCAUCUCCGAUAGACUCAUACAGCAGGUCACCCAUGCCAAAAAGAGCCAUGUCUAACCUCUGCCCACAGGAAGGAUGGGGCUGCAACUGUGGUGAGUUGUGACUGUCCUCUGCUUCUCUUUUAGCUUGUCUCAUCUAAAAGAGGCCUGAUGGGCUAAAAGUAUGUGGUGCAGAGAAUAGACAGACACACUGGCUCUGUUUCUCCACCCAUUUGCUAUUUCUUAAUACAUUUUUUUUCAUGUAAGAACAAGUAAAAAAAAUUUGGCAACUCAUCCACCUUGUCAGGUGAGUAUUAGACAGAACUUUGUUUUCUCUUUAAAUAGAAAAAGAUGGGUCAAUGAUUUUUCAAAGUGAUAAAAAUGCAAGUUAUGGUCAGGUGUGAGGCCUUAUAUUUGUUUUUAAUAUGUAAUAUUGUUUACUUGAUAUCUUGGGCAAGCAGUUGCAUGUCUUUGACAGAGAGCUGAGAUUAAGAAGUUCCUGCAAUGCACUCCAAGAACAGAAGUGGGAUAAGUAUUUCAGACAUCCUGACUCCAGUGCUAGGUCCACUCAUUCCUGGGCCUUAUUCAUACUGGUUUUAUUCAGCUAGACAGAGCAGUAGCUGGCUUCAGAAGAACUAGAGAAGGGGUGCAUCAUCUUCAGACUUAAUUUGAGAAUGUUCAAUAUCCCAAUGAACUAGUAUCAGCAGACAGGCGAGGUAACGCAUUUUGGGAAGACUUCACUUACAAGAACAACUGUUUUGAAGUAAAGUUACAGAAUGUUUGUGAGCUGCUUGGACUUGUCUGGGACUAGUACAUAUCCUUGCUAACUUUCCUGUUCCUUUCAGGCAAAUUCAUCACUGAUAUGAAGAUUAGCAUAUGUGUGCCUGCUUUUGUUAUUCUGGAAAAAAAUAAACAGUGGACUUAUGGGA